GGGCGGGGCCUCUGGACUCCGGAAGACUGACGUAACAUUUAUUUUGGAAAAACGAGUCGAACCAGAGGAGAAGAAAGAAUGGAGCAAAACGUUGAAGAUUAUAAGGUAUGUCCAGAUUUCAACAACACUCAGAUACCUCAUUCUCAUUGUGAAUGAAUGAGUAAUUUCCUCCGUGUUGUAGUGAAAUUAUGGAUCAUAGAAGUCGACUUUGCUGUUAUUGUGUUAGCUGUUGUUACCACUUUAAGCUAGCCCCCAAUAACGUUCAGUGCGACAGCAGCAGUAACGUUACACUGUUGUUGGUUACAGGUUUGUUGUCUUCUUUCACGAUGUCGGAGUCAGUUCUGUUGCUAAUUGUUAUCCAUAUUAGAAACCAGACGGACUGUAAAAGCUUGUCAUUCACGUCUAUGAAGUCUAAUGUGACUGUAAAAUCUAUUGUAGUUCUUAGCUUCACUGACUGAUCUGACCGAGCAGCCACAACAAUCAUGUGACAUCAGGCUUACAUCAACCCGAUCAUUGUGAAGCGAUUUACUGAACUAACACAGCUACAGUUCGCUUUAUUAUGGGUCAGUGAUUGAGUUAUCAAUUAUGCAGCUUUUCUGCCCGAAAUAAUCUGACUUCAUGAUAGUGACGGUGUAGCAGUUACAUUUAACUACAGAAUUUUAACACAAGCCAGAGCAAGUACUGAAGACCAGCAAUGAUUAUAAGAAAAAAGGGGGAAAAACACUAACAACUUAAUUAAAUGCUACAUUUAAAUAACCACAACUAUCCACAAACUAUAAAGAGUAUGUGUGCUUGUGCCUUCAUAAAUAAAUACAUUUGCAAUGAUGAAAAACGCAACACAGUUAAAGUUAGUUGCUGUUCCUUUAGUUCUUCAGCUCUUUUAUUUGACAUAACAAAGAGUAAAGUCUCUGUUGAGUUAGGCAGUAAAAACAUUCCAGAUGACUGGGUUUUUGAGCCAGGUUAAACAGGCCAGGCUGCUUCUGUGAAAUAGAUGAACUAGAUGCUCAAUAGACCUCGUGGAGAUCACAGUAAAUCUGAACCUUAGCUACAAAAACAAAAACAUUUUAAAAAGCUUUUUUGAUAAAGCUUUAUUGUUAUUCUUAUUUCAGAUAAAAUCAGUGAACCGACACCAAAUCUUAAGAAACAUCCAAGUUAAUAUUUGGGGGGGUGCUUUGAUUUAAAGCUGCUGAGAGGAACUUUUGGUUUGUGUCUUCUUUGGCGCCCCCUGUGGACAAAGUGAUACCUCUUAUCUCUUGUCCUCUGUAUGUGAAAGGAAUUUUUCAGAUGAAAAAAAAAAUCCUUUUAUCUUUAAAGGUGAAAUGUAUUAUUCACUGAGUAUUAACCAUUUCUUAGGCUUGCUUUCAACCAUCUUAUCUGACACCUGCCCUCUCACAGCAGCUUCAGGAAUCUAAACAUACAACAGAAAUGUUGAGCUUUGUUUUAGAUGGUCUCAUUUGAAUUUUAAGGCCAUAAAGAAGCUCAAGUAUCAGUUUAAGGCUAUUUCUCAAUCCACCAAAAACUCCCCACAGUGCCUUUAAGCUUCUAACAGUGGAUCUGAGACCUACUUACAAAAAAGCUUAAAAUGAUUUUCAUAGUACAGCCCUGUUUUCAUUUUUAUUUAACCCAUCUAAAAAUAGCUGUGGUUGAAGCUGUGAAUGUUAAAAGGUUGUUUUAUGCUUAUUUCAGGUAUAACAGUGAAUCUGACCCCUAGACCCAAAAAUCUUUAAAACAAGCUGUUUAUUAAAAUGAGACUGAACAGGAAGUUUCAUGUGGAAAAGGAGCCACAGGCUGGAAUCGCCAUCCAGAGGCAUAACUUCCCUGUAUGGGGCUCGUAUAAACCACUCUGUCACGGGCACCCCUAACUAAACCCUGAUUGUGCUUUUAUUUCACUCAUCAUCAGUAAAUAUAAAAACGUAAUCACAAAGAAGCUCUUUAGUAACAACACUAACAAAUAUUACUGAUGGUGUUGAUGGUGGUGUUUUUGUUCCAGCUACACAAAUUUGAGGCUUUGUUUUUUUACUCUACGUCAAAUAUGAUGGUUCUAACCUAUCAUUCUGGCUGUUUUUCCUAUUAUUAUUGAAAUCUUAUGGGGGGACAAAAUGAGACUUAAAUAUGAUGAAACUUUUAAAUGAUUUGCCUUCUCUCCUCAGCUGAUAUUUGAGAAAGAGGGGGUUUAUCUUCACACAAAUGCCAAGAGGAACAAUCAGGACACAUCCAAACCUGGGUUUAUCCGUGUUGUGGAGCGGGUGAGCAGAUCUGUGGUAGUUCACGUUGUCCAGGGUCAAAGACAGGAAUCACUAAAAGGAUGACUAAACUAUCUUUUUGUUUUAGGCCGGAGUGCCAGCUUUAGAGUGGAGCCCGCUGGAGGAUGAGGGUCGAAGUGCCCCUGCUGUACUCUACACCAAAAAGGUCAGUAACUAUCAUUUCACAGGAUGGACACUAUAGGAGUGUUUUUUCCUGUUCCAUAUAUAAUCCCCUGGAAAAAUAUCUUCUCAUUGAUUAGGAUGGAGAAGGGGGGGAGGAGGAUACAAACUUUGACCCCGGGUAUGAACCUGACUGGGCAGUUAUCAGCACAGUGAAGAAAGAUCGUGAACCUGUCCCGGUCAGAGACUCAGGUACCAUUUUCACUCAGACUAAAUAAGCAUGAAACUGAAGGCAUCAGCUAAAAAGUAUUUUUUCAUCAAUUAGUCUGCAUGACUAAUUAGUCUCUCAUGAUGAAUUGAUCAGCAUCAUAGACUGUUUAUCGUCUAUUAUAAUGUCUGAAAACCUACAGGGACUGUUUCAAAUCAGGGCACUGUAUUUACAAUCAUAAAGGACACAGAAAAUUAGUUAAUGUUAACAACUAGGCAGCUAAAAGAAAACGUUGCUUAAAAAGUGACUGAAACUGUUAAUAGGAUGUUCAAAAAAGUGGAAAAUCAAUCAUGGAACUUAGGUAUUUCCCCUGCAGGACAGUGGUCGUUCUCUCUGCCUCUCUCUGAGCUGUAUUCUCUCCGGAGGGCUCGCUUUUCAUUGGGCCGAAACUUCCUGGUGCUGACCAGUCGAGGGGGACACCCGCUGCCCCCACUGCACUUCCACAGAGGAGGGACAAGGGAGCUGCUGAGGGCACUGCAGCGUUACAUCAUUCUGGACCAGUAAGAGCCAGAGUUUUUUUGACUUCAAGUUUCUCCCUGUCAAAGCAGUCAAUGAAACAGAAAAUACAACAUGCUUCUGUUGUCAUUAUCAUCAGGUCACCAGUUGAUGGGCGGCUCUUCCUGGCCUAUCCUCAUGACUCAGGCGCUCUCUCUCAGUCCUUUGACAAGCUGCAGCUUUUUGAUGAUGGAGGCACUGAUCUAGUUUCUGUAAGAUGUUUUCAUGGUAACUUAAAGCUCCUGUGAAUAGUUUCUUUUUUUUUAUGUAUAUGAAAUCGGCUGAAAUUCACGUCGGUGUCUUUUAAUAGUGUGCAUGAAGCAAAGAUCAUCAACAGCAUCAUAAAUGAUUUUUAAACUCUUAUUUUUAAUGUCUGAAAUUGGUGCAGCUAAAGACACAGCCCUGUUUUUACCAUUUUCACUGUAAAUAUUCCCCCUAAAUGAAACAUUUGACCAUCAAAAAUCUGCUGUAGGAAAUUUUUGUUUUGUCAGAAAAUGCUGUUUAUGCAUUUUCUGACAAAACACAUUUUGUGUCAAAAUUGACACAAACCAAAAAAUCCUCACAGGAGCUUUAAAAGUCAAGCAUAUGAACCUGUAUAAGGGAACAUACUCAUCAUGAAAGCCUUCUCACCAGCUUGCUUGCUAAUUCUUAAUCUGUGGUUUCCGUUGGCCUGAACAGAGAUUCAUCCAGGACCCAUACGCCACUACGUUUGGCGGUUUCUCCAAAGUCACAAACUUCUUCAAGGCAGCGCUACGGCCCCCAGAAUCCCCUGCCCACUCUCGUUCCUCUCUAGAUCCCAGUCUGCCCCCUCAGUCUGAUGAUGAGCCUGGCUUUGAACUCAUCACAUGUGUAAGAAAAGCAAAAAGCAAAACUAUUUCAAGAAGGAGACACUCGAAUCAUAAAUCAUUGUGUCUGUGUGUGUUUCUCCACUCAGGGCGUCGAGCUAGGUCCUAGACCACAGGUCACUAGGGGACGACCUCUGGACAAUUGGGAAGAGUUUCUGGAUGCAGAGGGGCGAGUGAAGGACCCCCAGAGGCUCAAAAAGAUUGUGUUCAGAGGGGUAAGACAGUAAAUCCUGUGCCAGGGCUGACCCUUUCUGCACAGUUCAUGUUUCAUACCAGGCUUUUCUUUCUUUCUCAGGGCAUCACACCGUCCCUGAGGAAAGAGGUGUGGAAGUUCUUGUUGGGCUUUUAUCCGUGGAGCAGCACUACCAAAGAAAGGGAGGACAUUCUGCGGGUCAAAACGUUUGUGUUUUUUAUUGUUACAUAUCUUUUGUGUUCUUUUUUUAAUGUAGUUUGUUUUUGAGGCUCCCAUCAGCAGGCAGUUAACUUUGAGCUCUAGAAAGUGACCUCAUCAUAGAUUUCCCACAAAAAUCACAACUGAUCAGUUUUUGCUGUUGUUGUAAUGUUUGUAAGAGCUGAUCAAUCUUAAUCUAACCUUGUCAGAAGUAAAAGAUACACAUACAGGCAGGUCCUGCAGAGCAUUGGUGUGUAUUCCUCUUUAAACCAGCCUACAUUUUGUCCAACAGAAAGCUAACCUCCCUGUCAGUUGUGUAACCACUUUACGUGUUUAUUGAUAGCAUCAUUACUCUUUUAAGUGCAGUGUCAAGCCAGGUGACAGCUGAAAACCGGUGAGGGCGGGGCUUGCAUGUACAACCCUGUUAACAAUCUGACAUGAUAACUAGAGCAUAACGUAAAUGUGACUCAUCUUACAUAACCCUGAAGUUCAGAGAAAUCUCAGGAUAUAAAAGACUUGAACAAACUCCAAAAAUGACAUCAGGAUCAGUAAUAUUAUCGACUUACUCUCUGGUAUGAAUAAGCAGUUCUUGUGGCAGAGUUGUAGAGGAUCAUUUAAAGCUGCUUUGAGGGGAUUUUGUUACCUUUGGACUGAGCCCUACUCGUUGCUUUCCCCUUUUUGCAGUUUGCUGAGCUAGUUGCAUACUUACCUUGUAAACUUGACUGAAGAAAGCAUCUGUCAAAAGUUGUUGAUUCACAUGAAUGCAUGUGUGUGUGUCUGUGUCUGCAGGGAUGAGUACUUCAGGAUGAAGGUGCAGUGGAAAUCAGUGAGUGAAGAGCAGGAGAUGAGGAACUCCCUCCUCAGAGGAUACAGAAGCCUGAUCGGUCAGAAAACAGAUGAGCUCUCUCUGGUGUCAGUCAGCUGACUGUGAGAGAUGGGGCAGGUGUUGAAGUGUUUUUGUUGUUUUUACAGAGAGGGAUGUCAGCAGGACAGACAGACAUAAUACGUUCUUCUCUGGGAAUGAUAAUCCAGGACUGACUCUGCUUCAUGACGUACUGAUGACAUACUGCAUGUACAACUUUGAUCUGGGUAUGUAGUCCUGUGAGUAAAAGUCGAGUUGUACUGCUCCUGAAACUUCAGCAACAAAACAGAAGACAGAUUAUGUUUUUGCUAGAGUUGAGUAAGAGUGAUAAUCCUUUGAAGAAACUAAAGAAAUAAUCCACAGUUGGAGGAAAAUCACACACUUUUUUAAUGUAAAAGUGAGUCAACAAAGGAGAAUGUAGGAUUUUUUUACAGACUAAAACUAAAGACUGCUGUGCUCACAUAAUAUGACGAAAACAGGUGUUUUUCAUGCACACCGUCCUCCUCAUUGAUGGUUCCUUCUAUGUCCAGUCAUGGCUCAGGGCUGCCCAGGUACAUUUAGACUUGCUUGGGUAUAUUUUUUGACGAACUGAGCCAUUGUCAGGUCAUGAUAAAUGACACAUUUAUUACACAAAUCAUUUUAGGUCAAGACAGUGUCACAGUUUGAUUUCAAAUGACCUAUUUUGAGGAACUUAAUUUGCAAUCCAGUGUCUAUGACAUGAAAAAAGGGGAAUAACAGCCCAUGAGACUAUGUGUUAUCACAGUAACCACACAAUUCAAAGAAGUUAGGCUUUGUGAAUUUCUCAAAUGAAAGAUAUUUAAAAGGCCCUUCCUGUUUGGAAACUUUUACUCUAUGUCCCAGUGCCUGUUUAGAACUCCUUUAACUUUAUUUGUUCAUUUAUCAAUCUGGUAAUUAUGACUUCUUCAUUUAUUCAUCCCUUUUUUUUCUCAUACACAUCAUUUUAGAAGAAUGAAACUGUGGACAGUUCCCAAAACCUACCAGGGUGUUUUUAAAGUGGCAGUCUCCCGGUGGAAUAUAAAAAAAAACAGUUAAAGCAGUAAAUGCUCAAUUUUAGACAGUACUAGCUACUUUUGUCAAUUACUAAAAACAAGACUGAACAGCUAGAUUUUUUUGUGUCUACAUGUCAGAUGAUAUUUUAUUCCCCUGAUGCCCAUGCUUCCCUCUGUCCAGGUUAUGUCCAGGGGAUGAGUGAUCUCCUCUCUCCUCUCCUCUUUGUCACCCAGAAUGAGGUCGAGUCCUUCUGGUGUUUGACAGGCUUCAUGGAGCUGGUGGUCAGUAGAAAUUUCUUUCUCACAAUCAGUCACAAACUUGUCACUCUCUUUUUGCAGAACUUAAAGUCUUGUUCAGCAUACUCUGAGAUUUGACUCCAGAAAGGUGAUUCAGAGUCACUGUGGACACAGUCAAAGCUCAGCAGCAUCACAAAGAACAGAAAGUUAGACUUGGAGCUGAACUUACUGUUCCUGCUUUGUUUGUUUAAAUUCCAGUGAAGUGAUUCAGUGCCACAUCAGCGGCUUCAAUGAAAACAGAGGGCAGUUUUACUGUAGUCUUACUGUGGCUUAAUUUUGUGUCCUUCUCAUUUAGGGUUACCAUCUGAAUGAGAGACAUAAGCAGCAGGAUUCUGGGUGAUUCACUGAAGCAUUUGGCUUUUGUUUUGAGACCUGUGUUUGAGCAGUGAGGAGUCUUGCUGAUUUAGCCUGAGUAGAAUGUGAAAAUGAUCUCUGAGUGGUCAUUUUUGCCUCAUUCCAGCACUCACCCCUCCCACUAUAGUUAAAAUGUAAAACUAGUACAGAAAAUGCAAAAAAAAAAAACAUGUGAAAAAUCGAGGUGACUGCCUCAGUUUUAGGUUUCUGUCUUAAGACAUAAAAACUUACUUGAGUAAAUGGACUAUUUGAUACAUAAGGUCUUUUAAAAGGCAAACCUAAGAGGGGUUUACAGCUACAGCUCAGCAGCAGCACUUCAGUCAGCCUUCAGUCUUUGUGCUGCUCGUUCCUGUGUUCUAUCCCAGUGUUGAACUCUUUUUUUUUUCUCCACCAGAACCAGAACUUCGAGGAGUCCCAGGAGGCCAUGAAGCAGCAGCUCCUUCAGCUCAGUAUCCUGCUGAGGGCUCUGGACCCUGAGCUGUGUGACUUUCUCGGUGAGUCUCUUAAUGUCCUCCUGUCAGACUAGUUAGGCUAAAAAUAAAACAUAAGGAGGCAUGAGGCAACAUGGUGCACUUUUAGCUAUAGUUUAGAGAAUAAUGCAGCUGCAAGUAGAGCAGAAACAAGAAUACAAGUUGUGAUUUAACCUCUGGGUUAAACCUAAGAAUAUGUAAAUCGAGCAGACAAGAUUUCUAUGAGGUAUAGAGGAUGUAUAAGUCUUGAUAUUUCACAUGAAUUUGAGUUUGUUAUAUGGUUACUAAAAUGUGUAUCUUUGUCUGUCAGACUCCCAGGACAGCGGCUCUCUUUGCUUCUGUUUCCGCUGGCUGCUCAUCUGGUUCAAGAGAGAGUUUUCCUUCGAGGACAUCCUCACUUUGUGGGAGGUGAGACUGCUGCAGUGUUUUGUUUUUGUUGUUGUUUGUUUUGUUUUACAUAAAAAAGUUUUGGAAGAGAGAAAACCAUCAGCAGCAGGAUGGAUUAUUUCUGUACAGCAGUUUUUACUGCCAGUUAAUGCUGCCACAAGACAGGUGCCAGAUCACACUGUAGGAGUCUUUCUGGCCUUUUCCUCAGAGAGUAAGUUUAACUGAGGGAUACCAUGUGACCAUUCAAAGAAAUCAGGAUUAGAUUUGUUGUUUAAACACAAUGUAAAAAUGUCCCGGACAAAAUCAGCAAAGAAAAGGUACCACUAUCAUGUCCACAAGAUGCACCACAAAUUAUCACAGUUUGAUAAGGUAUUUUCUGAUCAAAUAGAGGAAACAACGCUGCUUUAUGACACAAGACUUAACUUGUUUAACAUCAAAUGGGACAGGAGUUGUGGAAUUGAUCAGUAGAUGGAGUUGGCUGUCAAAAGCAGCUGUAAUAUCAGCUAAACCCUUUAAAAGUCACACAAAAAUAGUCACUCAAAUAUAAUAUAGCAGAGCGAACUAUCAACCCCUGUGUGCUCGAGGUGACUUCACUGUUUGUAUCCGUUUACAGUGUCAAAAGGAGCUUCCAUCAACAGUUCCUGCUCCAACACUCUCACUGUUAUUGUCUGUUUUUUGUAGGGGUCUUUUCCUUCUGUUUUUAUACCCUUCAAAUUGUCAACUUGUAAUUGUAACUUCUUUUUUCAGGUCCUCUGGACUCGACUCCCAUGUGACAACUUCCAUCUGUUGAUCGCCUGUUCUAUCCUGCAGUCCCAGAGAGGAGAGCUGAUUGGCUCUGAUCACGACUUUAACACUAUUCUGAAGGUGUGCAAUGUAAACACACUCAUAUGACUGUGUGUGUAAGACAUGAAUUUAUUCAUUUAUAACUUGUCUCAUUUCUGUUCUCGAUGUUUCCUCAGCACAUUAAUGAGCUGACCAUGAAGUUGGACCUUCAGAGUGUUCUGCUGGGAGCCGAGGCCAUUUACCUCCAGUUGAUUCAGUGCAAGGUAAGAGCCAGUUAGAUUCACAAUGAGGUGUUUGAGUCUCAGUCCACAGCUGGUUUGAUUGUUGUGGGCUGAAGUAUAUCUUUAGGUAAAAACAGAGUGUUUGUCUGAGCUUGAAGAUCAUUGGAUCAUUUCCUCUUUUUCUUGUUCUUUGAAAGCUCUCCAGUUGGACAUUUUUUAGUUUCAUCUUGAGAGUACAUACUUCGCAGCACACAACAAUUCCAGCAACAUAACCCCAUCAACAAUGGGGUAGAAAAAACCCACAAUAAAAAAAUAAAUAUAUAUGAACUACAAUGCAAAAAUAAAAUGCUGGGAAACCAUCAGUCUCCCCUGCUAAAAGAAAAAGACAUAAAAAAAAGACUGACAAAAUGUCAAAUGGAAUAUUUCAGUGAUCCAUCACAGGGGUCGAGGUAUGGACAGCCAUAUAAUGAAGUGGUAAAAGUGUAAAGACACUCAAAAGUGACUGAACCAGGUACUCUAUUGGUUAGAAACAGUUCAGUAGGUGCUCAACAGUAAGUGUAAAAACAUAAAACUAGUGUUAAAGGUCCCGUGGGGAGUUUUGAGCUAGCUAAAGAGCAUCAACAGGAAGAGAGACUUCUUUUAUACAGUUAUGUUUAGAUUCUGAGGCAGUGGUGGGGGCUGGAUGUCAGACCAAGUUAGGCCUGCACAAUAAAUCGUUUGAGCAUUGUCAUCAUGAUGUACGUGUGUGCAAUAGUCACAUCACAGAGCCUGCGAUGUUGGAGGUGAAUGAACUCAUCUAAUUUCAAGGGUAGCUGACUGACAUACACUGCAUGUGACUAUGCAUGUGCUGUGCAGCGAUCCACCAAUCACAUUUGUUCUUUACUUAGUUGCCAACCAGACUACCCCCUACCAGCUAUCAAUCAAAAUCAGAGAGGAGUAAACCAUGCCCCUGCACAUGGCCUGCACAUUGAGGGAGUCGCUGGCACUGCUGGUGUUGUACCGAAACAGCAUGCCCACCAAGAAUUACAUUCAGUACAUUCCUCAUCACUGUUUAGCCUCACAAAUAAGAAUUGUAUGGGUUUUAAAUCAAACAUUUCCAUAGAUAACUCCACAAUAAGCGGUGCACGUUUCCGCGAGGUGCAUGCAACUCUCGGAGGACGCGCAUUUCUGGGCAAAACAUGGGUAACAACAACGAUUGCAAAAGGAGCAACAAACAAGAGAAAACCACCGAAAAUGAAGACCAAAAACAAAAAUCUGUGUCAGUUAUCUGAAAUUAUUUCAGUUACAGCAAGGAUGAUAUCGACCAAACACGUGUUCUGUGUUGGCAGUGCCUUUGAUCAGUUGCCAGAACGAGAGAUAACAAGUCCCAGCACAAUAGAAGUAUGCUAAAAAUAUCUUUAAGAUGGACAGAAGCCAUUCUACUAACAUUCACAAAAAGAGGUAAGAUCAGUGCAGGUUAAUUGUCCACAAGAUUUCAGCAUAAAGUGAGAUUCAGGUCAUCUGGUGAAAAUUCCUGUAUUUUUUAAUAUCGCAAUAUAUAUAGCAGGGUUGAAAAAAAUCGCAAUGUUAGAUUUUUCCAAUACCGUGCACCACUAGACCAAGUGAUUCAGUACAUGCUACAGAAAUAACCUGUUGUCUGUCUGUUUUAGGCUAAAAAAAAACUCAGCUGUUGUACCUUUGACUAUGAAAAGAGAGAAAGAAAAGAUUUUCUAUGUCAAGAAACACUAAUAAUACAGGACAGAACAAAACUAGCGAAGAGUUUUGUCCACUGGGGGGCAGCAGAAUCAGCACAAACCAAGAGAUUCUCUGUAGUUUAAGGCAACAUUUGACCACCAAACCAAAAACUUUGACUUUCUUUUCUUAUUUGUUUAAGGAAAAGUAAGAACUGUUUUGUAAUGAUUAGUUUCUAUGUGAGAUUUGUUGAAGCUUUGUCAUGUUUAAACCCCACUGUUUCCUGUCAUUUUUGUAUCAUUUGAAGUAAUAUUUAUGAUCACGUGCUUCUUGGAGAAAAUCAGGGGAAAAUACAGAGUACAGGAUCUCAGGGGAUGAAAACACGUCUGCAUGGUCAUAUUUGUUACUUUGACUUGUCAUUAGCUAUUGUGUAAUUUCUUCCCCAGGAGCUCCCCCUGAAGGUGCAGCAGGUUCUGGGUCUCUACGUCCCCUCCAGCUCUGAGGAAGACAGCCCCAACUCCCAGACCAGCGAGACAACACAGCUCCUCAGCCAAUCAGAAGCAGGCGCCGCUUCAUGUAGCUCAGUACACAUCCCCACUUAUCCUUAAGCUUGCAGGUCAGACAGAAAUGUAUGGAAAGUAUUUAUGUAAGAAAAAAUAUCUAUAAACUGUAAAUGAUGUCAUCAGAAGGAAUGAUGAUUUGUGAAAUACUGUUGUUGCUGUUUGUCAUCGGCAGGGGGCGUUAAGGAGUCUGUUUUUUUCUUUCAAGUACCCUUGAAUGUUACUGUUGAAAAGGUGGAAACACUAUGACUGGGCUUGCAGUGUUGUGUGUCUGUGUCCUUUUUGUUGAGGUGUCUCUGCGGAGGAGUACUGCCACCUUUUUAGCUCUCUUUCCUCCUCUUUAUGCUGCUCUUUUACCUUCUUACAGAUGAUUUAAUCAAUGCUGCCUGUUCUUUCUCUAUGUCCCUGACGUCCCCUUGCCUCUGUACCUGCAAAGGGAAGAAGAUGAAGGAUCAACUCUGCUUGUUAGUGCUGUACAAUGCCAUUCCAGCUCUAUGCAAACCUUUUGCAUGCCUUAUGGUUUUCACAAGUGGAGUGGUGAUAUUUUAAGCCUUGUAAUUAUCUGUAUUAUGUCUUUAACCUUUUCAUUGACUAAUUAUUACAAAAUAAAAGAUUGAAUCGUAACAAA